AUGUCUUCCUCUGAUGGUUCCAUCGGCAGUACGGGCAACUCAUACUCGCUCUCCAACAUGCCUUACACCUGGAUUCUCACACCACUCAUCGUCUUCCUCGCUCUCGGCAUCAUCGCAACUCUUGUUCAGUUCCAACGCCGCCGUCGUCUCCGCAAACUCGGCCUCCAGCGUCCAUGGCCCCGCCGCGACUUGGAAGCGAAUCGUCAGAGAGGCCAACGGUCGUCGAGAAAUGGCCGUUGGGCCUGGACCACUCGCAGCGACGAGGGCUUGGACGAGUUCGGCGAGGCUCCUCCUGCCUACGAACCCAAGGCGAAGCCGGGACAGGCUUACGCCCGUGAGGGCAGCUUCGAGAUGGCACACGUUGAGCACACUGCGAGAGGUGCCAUGCCUCCGCCCCCGCCCAUCGGCGGCACAGCAGGCGUCGGCCGUGGCUCUCUGCCUCCGGAUUACGGCACAGCUACCGGCUCCACAUCCUCUUCAACUCCGCCGCCUGCCGUUACCAGCCCGCCUACGGCCAUGACUAGGCACUAA